AAUGACGAUGCGGAAGAACUCGCGCGUCUGCGCCGCCAUGUGGAGAACGAAGUGCCGGAAGCGAUUGUGUUUUUGGGAAUCGCGUACGCCCUCGGUCGGUACGGCCUCGUGAAAUCCGAUAAGAAAGCCGCGAAGAUUUACCGGCGCGCCGUGGAGCUCGGGGACGUGGAAGCAAUGGUAUUUCUUGGGGAAUUUUACGAGCAUGGAAGUGGCGUCAAGCUGGACAAGAAGAAGGCGGAGCGGCUGUAUCGUAUGGCCGCAGAUCGAGGUGACGCGGUCGCGCAAAACAAUGUAGGGAUUUUACUUUACUCUGAGCAGAGAUUUGAAGAAGCGUUCCGGUACUACGCGCUCUCGGCGGAUCAAGGCUAUACCGGUGGAGAGAGCAACCUUGCCUGCUGUUACAGGGACGGACGAGGCACGGAAGUCGACCUCGGCAAAGCCAGAUACUGGUUCCAGCGCGCCGCUGCCAAGGGCCACGACAAAGCCAUAGAGUUACUCGAG